AUGGGAAGAUCUCCAUGUUGUGAUAAAAAUGGACUCAAGAAAGGUCCUUGGACACAAGAAGAAGAUCAAAAACUUAUGGAAUAUAUUCAACUUCAUGGACCGGGAAAUUGGCGAACCCUCCCUAAGAAUGCUGGACUUCAAAGAUGUGGAAAAAGUUGUCGUCUUCGUUGGACAAACUACUUGAGGCCUGAUAUCAAGAGAGGAAGGUUUUCGUUUGAAGAAGAAGAAACUAUCAUUCAACUUCAUAGUGUAAUGGGAAAUAAGUGGUCAGCAAUCGCAGCUCGCUUGCCUGGUAGAACUGACAAUGAAAUUAAGAACUACUGGAACACCCACAUUCGUAAAAGGCUAAUCAGGAAUGGAAUUGAUCCAGUGACUCAUAGUCCUCGGCUCGAUCUCUUGGACCUUUCUUCCAUUCUCAACUCAGCUCAGUUAAAUCUCUCAAACCUUUUGAAUCUCCAAACACUUGUAAAUCCAGAUGUCCUAAGGCUUGCCACUCUAUUAGCAUCAAAUCAAGAAAACCAAGACUUAUUUCUCAAUAAUCAAAUGAAUUCUAUUAACCAACAAACCCUAAGCCAAGAGCUUCCAAACUGCACUACCUCUAUCCCAACAAGUUUUCAAAACACUCGGAUUUCAAAUCAGUUUUUCUCACCAAAUUUGGUUAAAACGAAUGCUCAAAUUAUUGAUGAAAGUAAUUAUAUGCCCCAAUGCAUACCUGAUAAUCAUGAUCAUGCUAUGCUAUAUAGUCAAAAUGAUCAAUUCAAGGCAUCUGCAUCAGAGAACUCGAGUUUCCAGUCAUCGGAUAUUGAAUAUAAAAGCAACCCCGCUCACCAAAAUUUUAACGUCGAUUCAGUUCUAUCGACGCCCAUGUCAAGUCCUACACAGAUAAACUCAUCUUCAACCUUUGUAAAUAGCAGCACAGAAGAUGAAACCUACUGCAGUAUGUUCAAGUUUGAGAUUCCAGAGAGUAGUUUUGAGUUCGAUGAUUUAAUUUAUUCCUAAUUAC